GGAUUAUAUGUGAAAAAAUAGGAGGGAGACCAUGAUGGUUCCUGGUGGUUCCGGUGCACCCAAGAAUUUGCUGAUUUUUCAAUGAGUUAUCCAAUUUAUACACCCCCGGUUAUUCUUCUUCCUCUCGUGCGUAUUUAUAUAUUAGGCCUUCGCUUAGCGUUGUCUUCCAGCAGAAAUCACUUUCCCACUCCAGAGGUUCAAUUCUUUAAACUCAUCAAAACCUCAAAAAUAGAUACCAAUCGGAAAAAAUCAAUGGCGGCGUGUUCGGGUAAGAAAACCGAAAAGAUUAUCCUCAAAACAGAGGAUGACGUGGCCAAGGCUCUCGCGGAGUACACCGCCGAUCUCUCCCGGCGCUUCAUUAAGGAGAAAGGUUCUUUCACCGUCGUACUCUCCGGCGGUACCUUAAUCGACACUAUGAGGUAACACCAUUAAACUUACAUAACUUGCUUAUAAUUCAUGAUCAAUCAUACAUUAUAUACCUUCAAUCCAGCGUUAUGAUCAUGUGAUGAUUACUCUUUUUCAUGACCCUGGUGCGAUCUGAAAUUAAUUGGAACACCAGAUAUCUUACGGAGUCGCCGUACAAAGAAUCGGUGGAAUGGUCGAAAUGGAGUAUUUUUUGGCUGGAUGAGAGAGUGGUUCCCAAGACUUCCGAUGACAGCAAUUACAAACUCGCUAUGGAUGGAUUCCUUUCUAAGGUACCAAUUCCAGAGGCUAAUAUCCUUGCAAUCGAUGACACGAAAUCAAAACCAUCAGACGCAGCAGACGAUUACGAGGCCCGUCUAAAGGAUUGGGUUGACAAGAAAAUCCUACCAUUAUCAUCAGAUAAUUUCCCCAAGCAUGAUCUGAUGCUACUGGGAAUGGGACCUGAUGGCCAUGUUGCUUCCCUGUUCCCCAACCGUACUCAACAAUUUGAGACUCAGCGUUGGGUUACUUUCAUUCUCGACUCCCCAAAGCCGCCUCCACCCCGCAUCACUUACACAUUUCCGGUGAUCAAUGCUGCAUCGGAGAUUGCUAUGGUCGUCACGGGAGCUGAGUUAGCCGAUGCCGUGAAGAAUGUGUUAGGAACUCCGAAUUCCACAUUGCCUGCUGCCAAAGUUCGCCCUGAGGGGUUGCUUACCUGGUUCCUGGACCAGCCUGCUGCUUCAGGACUCUAAAGGCAAGCAAUUAAUGAAUAUUCGGGAGUACUGGUCAGUAACCUUAAAAAAAUAAAAAUGAGGAAUUGAAAGAAUCGCUAUGGUCGUUUCCUUUGUUCCUUGUUGAAUAAAUCCAUAUCAGGUCACAGAAGUGUGUAUUAUUACAAGGGAAAUGGAAUUGAUUUCCCACCUGACCAGUGUUAAGGUGGCCAUUUGUGGUUGUAAUGUUUACUGAUCAUACUGAUUGUAUCAAUUAUAUUUGAAUCCAAAUUAACGUCUCCUUUCUCCUUAGUCGCGUGCAUAUGUUAUCUUUAAUUUGUAGUCAAUUUUUUAAAGGUGUUAGUAAGCAACCAUAUCAUUUUGUUUGUUACUUCCUCCCUCUUGUUCUUAUUAUAAGAUAUUUUAAUUUUAU